AUGCUGGGAAUACAGGAAGGACGGGCAUUCUUCAAUGCCGCAAGGAACCCCAACAACAGACCUGAAAACAAUAUUCGUAUUGAGGAAAACCUACCCAGUCUGAACGAAGUGUAUAAUUAUUUCCAGGACUUUCUGUCGAGAUACUCAUCGAACACCCUAAAGGAAGGAAACCUGAAGAGAACGCUUUUCGAAAAUGUGAAAAAUAAUAAUUUCACCUUAGAUUUGAAAUUGGACGAUAUAUACAAACAACAGACGGUUUUCGAAAAUAACGAAAUAAGUGCAACUCCCAUUUCGGAAAGGAAGAUGAAGAAGCCAGAAAAUUACUCCGCCAUUUUAGCUAGAGCCCUCUCCGAAAGACCCCUAACAUAUUUGCCUACUGUUGAGCGCGUGUGCUACGAAGUAUGCGAAACAGCCAACAUAUUAAAUGAUGAAGAUGAGCACUUGAAUUAUAUUCAAAUUAAUUUGUUGAAUACAUUUAUUAGGCCUACACCAAUUAGGGGUCUUCUAGCAGCAACGCAGGAGAGGUUUGUCGUGGUUCCAGGGAUUAUUGUACAGGCGAGUAAACCGCAACAUAAGAUGCGCAAAAUUACUCUUCAGUGUAGAUAUUGUGAUCAUAAAAUGUCUAUUGAUGUCCCCUUGUGGAAGGAUAAACCUCAGCUUCCACCAUAUUGUAGGUAUUCCUCCACCAUGAAGUCUUCCAUGGGAGUUGCAAACCCAAUGGACAAUCAGCUAGGAUGCAAUGGAGUGUUGGAGCCAUAUGUUAUUUUGCCAAAUGAGUGCACCUUUGUUGAUAUACAAUCCUUGAAGAUGCAGGAAUUACCAGAGGCUGUUCCAACUGGAGAUAUGCCAAGACAUUUACAAUUAAAUGCUACAAGAUAUUUAUGUGAAAAAAUGAUUCCUGGAGAUCGAGUCUACGUUCAUGGAGUUCUCACUUCAUAUAAUCCCAACCCUAAACCUACAAGGGCAGAUGGAACCAACUUUUCCUACCUCCAUGUUUUAGGUUUCCAAAAAUAUGAUGACAUGACAGGAAACGACUUAAAUUUUGAUGUAGAAGAAAGAAAUGAAUUAACUCUACUAGCAGCUGAACAUGAUAUUCAUGAGAAAAUAUUUAAAUCUAUAGCACCAGAACUUUACGGUAUGGAUGAAGUGAAAAAAGCUUGUGCAUGUUUACUUUUUGGAGGUACUAGAAAACGAAUUGGAGAGGAGACAAAAAUUCGGGGAGACAUAAAUAUGCUAAUGCUUGGAGAUCCCUCAGUUGCCAAAUCGCAAAUUUUAAAAUUCGUAAAUCGUUGUGCUCCUGUUUCUGUUUAUACAUCUGGAAAGGGUAGCAGUGCAGCGGGUUUAACUGCAGCCGUUAUGAGAGAUAGUCAGGGGGUUUUCUCCUUAGAAGGUGGAGCUAUGGUUCUGGCUGACGGAGGUGUUGUCUGCAUUGAUGAGUUUGAUAAAAUGAGAGAUGAUGAUGUGGUGGCUAUACACGAAGCUAUGGAGCAACAGACCAUAUCCAUUUCUAAAGCAGGAAUUACUACCAUGUUAAAUAGUAGAUGCUCUGUCAUUGCUGCAGCCAAUCCUUCCUUUGGAUCAUAUGAUGAUUCACAGGAUACUACAGAUCAGCAUGAUUUUAAGACGACCAUUUUAUCAAGAUUUGAUAUCAUAUUUUUAUUACGUAAUAAACAGGAUAUUGAGAAGGAUACCCUUCUUUGCAACCAUAUUGUAGCGUUGCAUGCGUCAAAGCAUAAAUCUCAGGAGGGAGAAAUUCCUCUCUCUAAGCUGACCAGAUUUAUUCAGUACGCCAAAAAGGAAAUUGCCCCUCUCUUGUCCAAGGAGGCUAGGGACUCUCUCCGCAAUUUCUACGUGCAAACAAGAGCCGAAUACCGAGGUGACAGACGCUCCGUAACGAAGAAAAUUCCCAUCACCUUGCGUCAACUAGAAUCGCUCAUUCGGUUGGCAGAAAGCUUUGCCAAAAUGGAGCUUUCCCAGUUCGCCACCGAGAAACACGUGCAGAUGUCUAUCGACCUCUUCUCGGCCUCCACCGCCGAAACGGCGAAGCAGUGCCUCAUUUUCGAGACCAUGUCCCCAUUGGAGCAGAAGGCCGUGAAGCAAGCGGAGGAUGCCAUACUGGGACGACUAGGAAAAGGGCAAAGAGCCUCGCGGGUCAAUUUAUUCAGAGAGCUGCAGCUAAGAGGAUUCGACCGAUCGGCUUUAUCCAAGGCCCUGGCUAUCCUGAUCAAGAAGGGAGAACUCCAGGAAAGAGGAGACCGUUCCGUCAGACGCUGUUAA